CCCAAUCAUGUCCUCUAUCCUUGACAGCCUUCCACAAGUCUCAGUUGACAGCCUGCAAGAGGCCGUUCUCAGCCUGCGCCCUUUGAAUGUUGCCGCUAUUUCCGUGGGUGUCUGGCUCCUGCUCAAAGUUGCCCGCACCGCGCGCCGGCGUCUGGCCUCUACUCGAUUGAGAGGCCCUCCACGAGCCGACCUCUUUUUCGGCCAGGGUCGCUAUGUUGAAGAAAGCAAGGACACUGCCUCGAUAUACGAGGCUUGGGAGCAUGAAUAUGGCUCCGUCUUUUCCAUCCCAUGGACACUCGGGAUGACCAAGGUCGUGUUGUGCGAUCCCAAAGCCGUCACGCACUUCUAUCAGUACGAAACGACACGUUACGACAAGUCCAAGGUCAACAAGCAUCUGACUCGGAAUUUGGCGGGAGACAGUGUCAUCCUCGCCAUUGGAGAUGAUCACAAGAGGCAGCGCAAGGCGAUGACUCCGGCUUUUAGCAACGCCUCUAUUCGCAAUGUCACGAGCACGUUCUACGACUCUGCGUACAAGGUUGUCGAAGCCUGGUCGUCCAUCCUUGAGUCCUCAAACGACAACAUCAUCGAAGUGCAGGGCUGGAUGAGUCGCGUUUCCCUCGAUUCUAUCGGUGUUGCCGGCUUCUCGCACGACUUUGGGACACUGGACGGCAAGUAUUCCAAGGUCGCCGAUGUCUUUGAACGGUUCCAGUCAACCAAACCAGGCGUCUUUUUCAACAUAAGCAUUCUCAUCGGACUCGUCUUCCCGGCAAUUAUGAAGCUUCCUAUAGCCCGCUUGGCGCUCGCCAAAGAGCUCAACGGUGCCCUCAGUGUUGUGGCAAAGGAUUUGAUUGAGCGCAUGCGCCAGGAGAAGGCAGGAUUGGCCGAGGGCCAGAGCGACAACUCAGUUAUCGGACUAUUAAUCAAGGCCGGUUCUCCUGGGGCGGAGCUGUAUAUGUCGGAGGAUGAAGUUCUUUCACAGAUCAAGUUGUUGCUGGUCGCCGGCUACGAGACCACUUCAAUCAGCUUAUCAUGGGCACUUACUGAGCUCGCGAAGAACAAAGACGUCCAAACCAAGCUCAGAGAAGAGCUCUCGCAGUUUGUUGGCAAAGACCCCACAUACGAGCAGCUCAACAACGGAUUGCCAUACCUCGACGCCGUGGUCCUCGAGACGCUCAGGAUCCACGCGCCAGUGCCUGAAACGACGCGUCUCGCCGCCGAAGAUGACGUUAUCCCGCUCAGUGAGCCCAUCAAGGACGCGUCCGGCACCCCACGCGACCACAUCGUUGUCGCCGAGGGCACCCAGGUGACCGUCUCGAUCCACUUCGUCAACCGCUCCGAAAAGUUCUGGGGCCCCGACGCGAAACAGUUCAAGCCCGAGCGGUGGCUCAACCCGGACGGGCUCGAAUCGCGUGCGAAGGAGAUCCAGGGGCACAAGCACCUGCUCACGUUCGCGGAUGGCCCGCGGAUGUGCCUGGGCAAGGCAUUCGCGCUCUCGGAGUUCAAGGCGGUGCUGUCGACACUGGUGAGGAACUUUGAGUUUGAUAUGCGGGAUGCGAAGGCGGAGGUUGAGAUUGCUCGUGGACUGUUGCCGCGCCCGAGGAUUGUUGGUGAACAGAAGGUCGAUCUUCCUCUGAGAGUUACUCGGCUGUGAGUUAGCCUCGUGUGAUGGGUGCUGUCGUGGCUUUAGACAUACUUACAUUCGUGUCUGUGGACAGUAGUAGUUUUACGCUUUCUUAUUUAUAAUUCCCCUUGAAUAUCCCUCUUACUAUUUUCUUC